GGGCACAGGUGGGUGGCACUGCUGGGCACAGGUAGGUGGCACUUCUGGGCACAGGUAGGUGGCACUGCAGAGUGGCACAGGUGGGGGGGCACUGCUGGGCUGGGCACAGGUGGGCGGAACUUGCGGGUGUCACUGCUGGGCACCGAUCAUCAGGGCACUGAUCAUCAGUGCCCUGAUGAUCGCGUGAGGAAAGUGCAACCGAGAACCAGCACUUGCAUUUCCCUCUGAUCAGCGUGUCAUUGGACACCGCUGAUCACGUGGUAAAAGGCCGCUGUGAUUGGCCUUUUACCACAUCACGUGAUCAGCUGUG